CACCAAACCUUUAUGCGUCACCAAGCUUUUUCUGACAUUAGUUGGUCGGAAUAUUUCCAUCAGAUGGAACUGAAGUUUGCCGAUGCCCAGGAGGAGAGUCCGACGAUUGCCCUUAAAAAACUGCAACAACUUGACGGUACCGUCCUUGAAUACGAGCAGAGGUUUGAUGAAUUGCUCUCUGAAGUCGAUAUUCUUGAGGAGGUCGCGAUGAGCUUGUUUAUCGGUGGCUUGCGUCCAGAUAUCAAAAAAUGCAUCAUCAACUUCUAGCCUACCUCUCUUUCGAGCACCAUGAGUUGUGCCCGUAGACAGGAAGGGACGAUCAAAGCAUUGCACGAGAAUGCUCCUUCUGCAACUCUGUUCGGUCAUAGAUUUGCUCCAUCAUCGUCCAAGGGACCGGGUGACGUUGUUGGGUCUCAGUCAGCUACUCCACUGGGCUUCAACACAGGCCCAUUAUCGAGUUCUCCUUCACUUCUGAAGCCCAAAGCUCCCGAGACGUUGUCUGUGCCUAAAAACUCUGCUGCCUCAGUCAUGGCAUCAUCGCCGUCAACUCCUGGUUCUUCCAAACCUUCACGGCAGCUAUCAAAAAGGGAGAUGGAUGAGAGGCGACGCAAGGGAUUGUGCUAUUGGUGCCCUGAGAAGUACUCUAGUAACCACCGGUGUAAAGAAUCGCACCUCUUCGUGCUUGUGGUGGAUGAUGAUGACGAGCAUUUUGAAGACGCUCUGGAGGAGGUACCUUCGGAUUCUGUGGGGACUAUUAAUGCGAUCGAGGUGAAAGAAGGAGGGUCCACUUUGAAGCUUUUGGGCAGAAUUAAGAACCAGCAGGUCAUUAUAUUGGUGGACACGGGUAGCACCCACAAUGUGCUCGAUGUGUCUAUUGCUAAACGCCUACAGCUGAAACCGUAGGAACAAAAUGAUGUCACCCUCACCGUAGCCAAUAAUUGCCAGGUAGUUGUUAAUAAAUGUUGCCCGAACCUGGCAUGGGACAUGGGUGAUCACACCUUCUCAGCUGAUUUCUUAGUAAUGAAAAUUGGUAGUUAUGACAUGAUCUUGGGUACUCAGUGGCUACGCACUAUUGGAAAAUUUUCUAUGGAUAUGGAAUCCAAACUGUUUGAAUUUAAGGUUAAUGGGGCACUACUCGAAUUACAUGGUGUGGGUUACAGGGAGCUUGGGCAAGCUGAAGAAAUUCAUUCUGCUCGUGAUUUGGUAGUAGCAACACAUUUCUUUUUAAUUCAAGAUUCAUCUCAACUACACUUGGGUUUACGUAUUUCUGCUCCUCUAUCUGAAAGUCAACAACUUGAAUUACGACAUCUCUUAGAGACCUUUGUUGAUGUGUUUGCUGAACCAAAAGGUCGUCCC